CACGACAGUUUUCAAUAAAAAUAAAUACGGUAAAUAUUUUAUUUGUUCAAUAUUUAUUACAAUUGCUUGUCGGCCAUUGCAAAUGUGUUGCGUUUGUUGAAAAAAUGAUAUCCGUAAUAUGGGGAUUUUGCCUUUUUGUUUGUUUCGUGCAUAAAUCUGAGCCAGUUCGGAUUUUUGAUAAUCUGAUACCACCACCUAGUAUUUCAUUUGCAAGAUUCCAGCCAGUGGUGGUAUCCAAAACAUGUAUGCUAAUACCACAAUCGGGACCUUGUCGCAGUAAGAUCAGUAUGUGGUACUAUGAUCCUUCAUCCAAUAACUGUUCCCUCUUCGACUGGGGGGGCUGCCAGGGGAAUGGUAACAGGUUCAACGAGUUUUCAGAAUGCUGGGACACUUGUAUGAGUAAGCCUGGAAAGUACCGUCCAAGAUACUGCGGUCUGACUUUUGACUACGGAUUCUGUUUCGGGGCAGUAGAAAGAUAUUACUUCGACUCUAAGUGGAAAGUCUGCAAGAGUACCAUCUACUCCGGCUGUGGGGGGAACAAGAAUAACUUCUACAGCAAAGAACAGUGUGACCAAAUAUGCCGCUUCGGCAACGCCGCACUCACCAGGGCGCCAGUAAUAGGCGGAGAAGCCGGUGGUACCAGGAAGGUGCUGAUCAUCAACCCUUACAACACGACUCCUCGUUCAGGGGCAGCUCAGUCCCAAGCGCCGAAGAAGAAUGAUACCGCUGUGGCUCCAUAAGCUUACAGUUUUAGAUAUGUAAGGUUAAGUUUUA